AUAUAAAGAGCCAGAUUUCAGACCAAAUACAUACUUCCUUGGUAAUCAGCUUGGGUAAAGAAAACCAUGAUGCUGGCUUUGAUCUCCGUGUGCGCACUCCUUGCUUUAGCAGCAGGAAAACCCGGAGGAUAUGGUUACUAUCCUAAGGGCGGCUCCGGAGGAAGUGGAAUAGCUAUUCUUCAAAGCGGAGGAGGCGGUAGAGGAUCUGGAAUUUUCCUCGGAGGAGGCGGGGGAGGUGCUGCUGGUGCUGGAGCAGCUGCCGCUGGUGCCGGAGCUGCUGCUGCUGCCGCCGCCGCCGCUGCUGCAUCAGGUAGCGGACCUGGAUUUUUCCUAGGAGGCGGUGGUGUUGAUGCUAGUGCUGGAGCAGCUGCCGCAGUCGGUAGUGCUUUUGAUGGUGCUUUUCAUGGUGGCUAUUAUCCUUACCCUCGUUUUCAUUAUGGUACCAUCGGUGGAUUCGGAGGUGCUGGCGCUGCUGCUGGUGCUGCUGCUGGUGCUGCAGGAGGUCUAGGAGGAUUCGGAGGAGGUGCUGCAGCAGCCGGUGCAGCAGCUGGUGCCUCUGGAUUUGGUGGAGCAGCUGCCGCCGCCGCUGCUGCCGCCGCCGCCGCUGGUGGAGCAGGUGCCGCAGCUGGCGCAGGUGCUUCUGCGGGAGGAUUUGGUGGAUUCGCCUACCCUGCUCCAUGGUAUCCUAGUCCAGGACCCUUUUACCCACCAGGACCCAUUUACCCAACCUACCCUCAACAAUACUAUCCAUCAGGACCUUUCUAUCCUAAAGGCGGGUUCAUAGGAUUCAAUGGUGCCGGAGCUGGUGCUGCUGCAGGCGCCGCCGCAGGAUCUUCAGGAUUUGGUGGAUCAAGUGCUGCUGCCGCCGCUGCCGCCGCAGCAGCUGGAGCUUCAGGAUUCGGUGGAUUUGGUGGAUCAAGUGCUGCUGCCGCCGCUGCUGCCGCCGCCGCUUCAGGAGCUAGUGGAUUUGGUGGAUCAAGUGCUGCAGCCGCCGCCGCUGCUGCCGCUUCCGGUGGAUUUGGAGGGCAAAAUUUCGGAGGUGCCUCUAUAGGAGUUAUCGGUGGCGGAUCUGGAGGUGGCAUCGGCGGAAUCAAGAGGAAGGUAUAUUAAACUGUGAUGGAAUCUUCUAAUCAAGAUGGACAGCCUGGGGAGAGAAACUGUGUUUGUGUAUUUAUAUAAAUAAAUUUGUAUUCAUUUA